AUGGCUCUCAGGGGUGUCAGUGCGAGAAGACAUACUGGCCUUCAGCAACUCUCCUCUUUAGCAUUAGCUGGAAGAACGUUAUUGGGGCCAAUGAAAUCUUGGAAAUUCAUUGUGGAUGAAAGCACCAACCAAAGCACGUUGAUUUGUUCUGCUGUUAGACUGAUGGAAAGUUUGGAUUUAACUAGUGCUGCUGGACAGCUUCUUAAUGAGACCAUUCAGGCACAAAACAAGGAGUUUAAGACUGGGAUGAGUACCCUGUUGUUUCUCGUUGGUGUGUGGAGCAGUGCUGUGGUGGAGUGCCUCCAGCAGAAUGUUCCUGUUUCAGCAAUAGUGUCUGUGAUGUCUGAGGGGUUGAACUCUUGCUGUGAGAGAGUCCAGUGUCUGCAAAUAUCAAUACAUGAUGUCAAUAAAGAGCUGUGUUGUAGCAGUGUUAAGAGCAAAACUUGCCAAAUUGGAUGUGACAGUCUUUUAAACCCUCAGAUUUCCCUCUAUUUUCAGGAAGAUGUUUCUGCACCAGAAGAAGUAGUUGAAAUAAAUGCUAGUUCCUAUCAAGAAGUUGAUCGUGAUUUUAACAAGCGCCUGGUUUCACCUUUCAGCAGCUUCGGUUCAACAGCUUCUCUUGUCAAACCAGUGGGUGGCAAAAGUGCAUCUCUGAUUUCUGGAAGUGGUGUUACUGCAUCUGGCUAUAACAAGCAGAAGUUAGCCCAUAGCAGGUACUUCAGCGCUCUAAGAAAAAGCCAUUUUUCAAGUCAGCAAGGUAACUUUCAGGGAUACUUUUCAGGACCAUCAGCAGAUCCAUGUGAAUGUUCUGGUUUAGGACACCUGGCAGUGGCUCUGAGCCAUGGAAAUCAGACUGAUAGGAAGCUGCUACAAAGCAUUGUCGAGUAUCAACAAGGGCGAGCGAAAAGCAGCGGCUCUCCCCAGUUCAAUAUUGCAGAAGUGGUGACAUGCUGCUUACUGGGCCUGCCUGAAAGCUGUUCUGGUGUCUCCACAGGCUUUGUCACAUUAGUGUCACCAGAACAAGCCACAGUUGUCAAACGGUUUGAAGACAAAGCCCUUCAAAUUCUGCUGAUGGAUGGUGACCUAACUGAACGGUAUCGCCACUUAGGUUUCAAUAGACCGUGUAAUGUAAGGACUGUAUUGGAGCAUCCCAGCCUAGGGGAGGGCAGAGCAGAAGACUCGUGGCUGAGCAGCACAUUAGAUAUUCUGACCAGCUUUGAAGUUAACUUGGUUUUGGUCAAAGGAAACGUGUGCAAGAACUUAAUGGAGAGCUGCGUAGCGAGCGGCAUACUGGUGGUUGGCUCUGUGACUGGGCACGUGCUGUGUGCCUUCGGGGAGGUGACCGGUGCCCACCCAGUGACCUACCUCAGCCAGCUGGACGCCGCCUGUGUGGGGCGCGGGGCUCGGGUGGAGCUGUGGAAGGCCCGUGACGGGCGUGCUGUGGAUCUGGGCGAGCUUGUGCCAGUCAGGAUAAAGGCACGAGGAAUUGCCCUGCUCACGGCCGUGCUCACCACCACUGUAGCCUCAAAGCUGCAGCUCAUUGAAGACCAGUUCUGGACUUUAAUGUAUCGUCUCCAUCACGCUUUAAAUGACGAGAAGGUUUUUCUUGGUGGUGGUGCGGUGGAGCUCUUGUGCCUCAGUCACACUCGG